AUGGCAUUUUAUACGAUUGAUGCAAAGCUGAAAGAACAAGGUCGAAGUUGCAGUGGUUUUGGUAUACCAUCACCAACAUCUGUUCCAUAUUCAUUUGAAUCAAAAAUUAUCAACAAAGAAGAAGAACUUCGAAUAGGACAAGAAAUGUAUACAAUGUUGAAUCAACAUCAACGUUCGGUAGCAGAUGCAAUUCUUGCAAGUCAUCGUAAACAAUCAAGCACCACUGCUAGCUUAUGUUUCUUUAUCGAUGGCCCUGGAGAUACAGGAAAAACUUAUCUCUAUAACACCCUGUACCAUUUAUUCAUGAGACAAGGAGUCCGUGUUAUGACAGUUGCAUGGACAGGAAAUGCUGCAAGUUUAUCGCCCGAAGGAAGAACUUUGCAUAGUCGUUUCAAGCUUCCCGUACCUAUCUUAGAAACAUCUACAUCAAGUAUUCGACAAAACAGUAAGGAAGCUGAAGAGAUUAGAAAGACUCAAGUUUUUAUCUGGGAUGAAGCACCUAUGGCUCCAUCUCAUGCUCUCAAUGCAGCUGAUGUUUUUUUGAGAGAUAUAAUGAACAUCGAUGCACAUUUUGGAGGAAAAAUUAUGAUACUCGGUGGAGAUUUUCAACAAGCUCUUCUAGUCAUUCGAUUUGUAAACAGAUCAGAAUUAAUUGCAUCAAGUCUCAAAAGUCCCAACCUUUGGUCUUACUUCAAAGUCAUACAUCGACACCAGAACAUGAGAACAGGAUAAGGUGAAGAAGAGUUCUCAAAGUGGCUUAUUAAACUUGGCAAUAGUGAAUUAACAUCGAACGAAGAUGAUGAAAUCGAAUUGCCUAGCUCCUGUAUGUUAAACGGUAAUUUGGUCGACGAGAUCUUUGGCGAACACAUUUCUAUAGAAGAUGUUCCAACUCUAUGCGACAGAACAAUUCUUUGUUCCAAAAAUGAACAUUCUCUCUUGGUCAAUGAAGAAGUUCUUCAAUGACUACCCGGAACAGAAAAAAUGUAUACAAGUGUGGAUGAAGUAGAAUGUAAAGAUGGUGAUGACGUUAUCAACUAUCCCACAGAAUUUUUGAAUAGUCUUACACCAUCAGGAAUGUCUCCUCAUACACUUAAGCUAAAGAUCGGUGCAAUUGUUAUGCCUAUUCGCAACCUCAACAUUCAUCAAGGUCUAUGCAGUGGAAUUCGACUGAUUGUGCGACGCGUACUAAAUCACACGAUUGAUUGUGAAGUCGCAAGUGGAUCUAACAAAGGAAACCGAGUUCUAAUAUCAAGAAUUACUUUAACACCGUCUGAUCCAUUUUUACCAUUUCAACUCCAUAGACAUCAAUUUCCUAUUCGACUCUCAUUUGCUAUGACUAUUAAUAAAUCACAAGGACAGAUCUUCGAUCGAUUAGGACUACUUCUACUACAACCAGUUUUCAGCCAUGGACAACUAUAUGUUGCUUUUUCAAGAGUUCACUCUCUAACGUUUAUCAAGGUACAGAUCAUCAAAGAAGAAAAAAACAGUAAAAGACAUAAAACUAAAAAUGUUGUUUUCAAAGAAAUUUUGUAAAUUUGUUGUUUUAGAA